AGAUGUCAAAGUCGUGUUAAACAUCGGGAAUCUGAAGUCUGAAAUAGAGAAAUAUAGAUGAAAGAGAUCGUACAAAGAUCCUCUGUUUCAUCAUCAAAACACACUGCACCACUUUCCAUUUAUCGCUCCAUCUCUCAACAAUAAAGCUACGACUAGCCAGGGAUUCCCGUGACGCCUUAACCUGCCCUGCGAUCAUCAUAACCCCUCCUUCUCCCCUAACCCUGCAGCACCCAUUCAUUCCCACCGCAAAGCCUUCAUCUCUCUCUGUCUCUCUCUCUUCUGGGGAAUAACUUGUCAUGACCUCUGCUACACUCUAGCACCCACCCACCUCUCGUUCUUUCUCAUCAGCUCGUGAGGAUUAAGGCCUAGUACGUGUAUAAAAGAGAGGAUGCAUAGCUCGGGGUCAUUUUUGAGGCAGUUGAGUGUGAAGGAGGCUUGGAGAUCAACAUCGAGCAGGUGGAGUGCGAGCAACAACUUUAGCACCGGUGUUGGGUGUGAGGGAAGUCUGAGUGAGAUGGAAGGCUUUAGCUGCUCGUAUGGGAACGAGGUGAGGAAGAGAGUGAUGGUGGUAGUCGAUCCCACCGCACAUUCCAAGCAUGCUAUGAUGUGGGCCCUCACCCAUGUAGCAAAUAAGGGUGAUUUGCUCACCCUGCUUCACAUUGUCCCUCCUCCUCACAAGGGAUCUGAUUCUUCUUCUUGUUCUACCUAUCUCGUCAACUAUCUAGGGUCCCUUUGCAAGGAUUGCAAACCAGAGGUGGAGGUGGAAGCACUUGUAAUUCAAGGGCCAAAGCUGGCCACGGUUUUGAGCCAAGUCAAGAAGCUGGAGGCAUCUGUUUUGGUAUUGGGCCAAAAGAAGCCACAGUCCUUUCUCUUCAACUGCUUAUGUGGAACCACCGGCGGCGGCAGCACGGAGGAAUUUGUAGAGCAGUGCAUCAACAAUGCUGAUUGCUUGGCGAUAGGAGUGAGGAAGCGAAGCCAAGGGACUAAUGGCUACUUCAUCAGCACUAGAUGGCAGAAGAAUUUCUGGCUACUGGCUUAAGCUUAACCCACUUGUUGCUAUUUAGGAUCCUCACAAGUAAUAAGCAUGAAGAGUAACCUAUCAUGUUAACGUUGCAUCGUUUCAGCUUCGGCCUGUAUCUACUAAUUACAUCCUUGUACUGAUGAUAUGUGAUUUGAGGGUAUAAUUUAACACAUCAUUUUGGUUUUUUCUU